UGGGAAUAGAAGUGCUAGAGAAAAAUAUUUAUGCAUGGGGCGGUCCGCGAGUGCUCGAGGACAGCGUGCUGGGGGCCAGGACAGGGGUUGCAAGCUGACCAGGGAUCCCCAGCAUGUCACUUGUGGGUUGUGACAGGCCUUUAAUAUGGACUUUUGACGUCACCCGUUCUGCAUUCAUGCGCCAGAGCUCUACCAGCCAACACAAAAAGAAAAGGCCACUACCACAUCUACCCUCCGUCAAUCUGUCUUUGAGCAUCAACUAACUCGACAUUUUGAAUACUAUGAGAACCCGACGUCUUUCCCCUUCCCGUCGGCCGCCCGCUGCGUCGCAUGGAGGCGAAGCUUCUGGAGCUUCUAAAUCUACCAUCGGGAUCUCAGAUUCUCGAUGCCGGCUGUGGAGUCGCACAUGUCGCGAUAUACAUGGCGCGGCACGGCAUGCGCAUCACAGGCAUCGAUGUUGUGACGGCGCAGAAGAUGGAUUACCACCACCUCGAGUCCAUAUCAGAUGCGUCGCACGACGGCAUCUAUACCAUGGAGACGUUCGUCCAUGCAACAGAUCCCGAAGGGGUCCUUGCCGGCUUCCACCGGAUUCUUCGCCCGGGAGGCCGGCUCGCCCUGUUCGAAUAUGACCAGUCUCGACGACGCCAAAUCAACACGUACGCUGCCAUGCCCACCAACACGCGGUCAACCCCAGGUCGGUACAAGCAGUGGCUGGAGGAUGCCGGCUUCCAAGACAUUGUUGUCAGGGACUACUCGGAAAACAUUCGGCCGAUGCUGACGCUUUUCUGGCUUCUUGCUCUGACCCCCUUCUUCUUCAUCAAGCUCUUCCACCUGGAAAGGUAUUUCGUCAACACGGUGGCCGGUUAUCAAGGGUAUCGUGGUCAGCAAUUCUGGAGGUGCUUGGCAGUCACCGCUACAAAACCCGGAGGACCGAUAGAAGGAUCCAAGACGAAAUAG